UUGAUCCUUUGCUAUCAACAUUUUCCAAAGCUUAAAUUUACUGUUAUCAGAAAAAUUAUUCUAUUAGUUUAUUUACAAAUAAGAUUACUGAAACAGUUGCAACUUCUCUGGAUUAUUAGUGUUAGUAAUGUUGUGUGAGAAUUAAGUGUAUUAAAAAGGUUGCACGUUAAAUUUAUUUUAAGUUUAGUGUUCUUCGGAAGAUGUUAUUAGUGUUGCUAAAAUAGAAAUGAGCCAGUUUCGUACUGAAGAUGUGAGUGGGCAUCAAAAUUCCACCGAAAGUAAAUCAACUAGGGAUCUACAUCAGAGUUCCUCCCAUUCAGAAGUUUUGUCCAAGUCUGAUUCACAAGAUGCCACAGUGCACUCCUCCCAUUCAUUUAUAUCCAACCAAAUCCGCCCUGAAUAUCCUGACGACUUCUUGAUUAAGCCUUUAAAUGAAUAUCCCCAGGGUAAACAAGUAGCUGCAGAAUACUUAACUAAAUGUACAAGCGAAUUCGGAUCAUCAAAGCAACUGGAACCAUAUCAUUCAAAACAAUUAUUAUCGGAAAGUGAUAGAACACAUUCUACAGAUGCUGAUGACAACUUUGCCAUUUCAAAAGUAGAUAUUCGUUUGAAUCAUACUGUUUCUUCAUCAGUUCCAUUUUCAGGACAACCAAGGUUUUUACCUGGUCAAAGUUUAUCUCAAGCAACUGGUCCAACACCUACAUUAAAUCAGCUUCUUCAAGCUUCAAGUCCUGUUCAUAGGUUCCACAGUUACCCAUCGAUUGGAUCAGAUUCUUAUCAACAAUCAUGGCCUUUACCAAGACCAUCAAUCGUUCCACCUGCAUAUCCAUCACCUAACCAGAGACCACCCCAGACGGGUUCACCUCGUUUGCAUCAUGGUCCUGGAGGCACGAAUCCUUCUACUGUAUCUUAUCCAUCAUAUAGCCAACGCUUUACUUCGCCUAAUAGAUCUAAUUCACCGUAUAAUCACCAGUUGAGUUCAUACUCAGUAUCAUCAAGUCAUUCAUCAAAUUUAUAUGCUGAACAAAGAAAUUGGUCUCAAAAUACAUCGUUAAGUACAUCAAUGCCACCAUCAACUAAUCAGUCUAACUCGUCUGGUCAGUCACCUCAACGUGCAUUAUCUCAAUCUCCUGCACCACAACCAUCCGCAUCUCCACAACCUCAAACUUCUAAUCCGUCACAGACUUUUCAUGGAAUGCAACAAAGAUCAACAACUCCAAAUACGCAAGGGAUUGACUCAGGGGAACUGUCUGGACAAAACAGUAAUGAUAGUUCAAAUGGGCCAGCUGGACCAGCUACUCCUAAUUCACAAGGAUUAAGGCCAACACCAUCACCAACAGGCUCUACAGGUUCAAGAUCUAUGUCACCAGCUGUUGGACAGCAACCCGUUCAAAUGCCUCCCAGACCGUCCAGCAGUCAGUCUGAUGGUGGUGGCACAACUCGAGUGAGCUUAUCACCUUUAGCUGCCCCAGCAAGUGGCGAGGAUCCAUCUUUUGUACCAAAGGUUCGAAAAGAGUUGAUAGGUUAUCAUAGCCAUUCAACAACUUCUCAAAGUACCGUUUCAUCUCCUGGUGCAGCUAGUAUUAAUUCAGUACAUGAAGAUUAUCCCGACAUAAACAGUACUAGCUGGCCAAGAACACCAGCAAGUCCAGUUUACAACAGUCAUAUUGGCCAAGAUCCCUUUCGAUCAAAGAAAUCAGAUAGUUUAUCAAAACUUUAUGAGAUGGAUGAUUCAAUCGAACGAAGAUCCUGGCUGGACAAGCUUGUAGGUUUUAUGGAGGAUCGCAGGACGCCUAUCUCAAGUUGUCCCACCAUCUCCAAGAACCCCCUCGACUUAUUUCGUUUAUAUCUCUUCGUCAAGGAUAGAGGGGGCUUCAUGGAGGUUACGAAAAAUAAAACUUGGAAAGAUAUCGCUGGUCUUUUGGGUAUAGGUGCUAGUAGUAGUGCAGCUUAUACGUUACGAAAGCACUAUACCAAACAUUUAUUAGCAUUUGAAUGUUAUUUUGAUCGUGGGGGAGUAGAUCCUCAACCUAUUAUAAAUCAAGUUGAAGCUGGCUCAAAAAAAAAAGGUUCAAAAGGAAUAUCAUCCAUUCCAUCUCCAGCGACCACGUCGACGCCGUCGAUAACUCAGCUGGCUACGUCCGACGAGGUGACCUCGGCUACGGAGUUGCAGGCGUGCCGGGACAUACACUGCAACUUCAACGCCACCUGCGAAUUGGGCCCGGACAAGUUUCCGCGUUGCAGCUGCAAGUUCGAUUGCGGCUCCAUGGCUCCGGAGAACAUGCAGCCGGUCUGCGGCAGUGACUUGCAGACAUACCCGAGCAAGUGCCACAUGCUCAUGCAGGCUUGCCAGAGACAGCAGGAGCUCAGGCUCAGGCCCCUCGACCUGUGCCAAGGUUUGGAGGUGAAGCCGUGCAACGGGGAGCAGCCCGUGAUCGACGACGAGGGCAACGAGUACUACUGCGGCAACGGACCGGAUCGCCGCGACUGUCCCAGUCACUCGUACUGCCACCAAACCCCUAGAUUCGCUCGCUGCUGCAAGAAAGGGAAGCAGGUGACGAGGUGCGAGGACUCGUGGCACGGCUGCUGCCCGAACGGCAAGACCGCAGCCCUGGGUCCCAACGGGGCUGGCUGCCCGGACGUAUGCAGCUGCAAUCGGCUCGGCAGUCUGGCCGACACCUGCGACCCCGAGAGCGGCCAGUGCAGCUGCCGGCCCGGGGUCGGUGGGCUCAAGUGCGACAGGUGCAUGCCCGGCUACUGGGGCCUCUCCAAGACCGACAAGGGCCACAAGGGCUGCAUACCUUGCGGCUGCUCGCUAUUUGGCUCGACGCCGCCUAGUGUUUAUUCUUUAAUUUGGUCAGAAAAUUAUCCUGAAAUGAAAUGGAAAUGA